AUGAAAUUAAAUAGCAAAAUUUUAUUAUCAACUUCUUCUAUCUUAGCAUUCACUGCUGAAUCUGUCUUUGCUACAGGAUCUGAUAACGACAAUGCAAUUAUUCAAUUAGACAAAAUUAUGUUUGAAUUAACUGUUUCCCGUAAUAAACUUGGUUUAGUUGGUUUUUACUCACCAGAAGAUAAGUUUUACAAGUCUUGGGGUCACGACUACGAAAUAGCUGCUAAAAUUUUAAAGAAUAGAAAUAUUCCAGUUGGUCUAGUUAACUGUGACGAACAUGUCGAUUUCUGUAAAGAAUUUGGUUACAAUGGUUCUUCUUUUGUUUCUGUUUUCAGUGAUGCAUCCAACAUAUACGAUUUUGAUGAAAAGUAUGAAACUAAAAACUUUGUUCAACAUAUAAUCAACAAAGGUGGUAAAGACAUGUCGGAGUUCAAAACCAUCGAAGACAUUGAAAAAUUCAUAUCAAACAGCAGAAAACCUGUCGUUGUCAGCUAUGGUAAUGAAGGUUUAAAAGAAAAGUUUCAAGAAAUUGCAGCAAAGAACAAUGAAAGAAUUGUUUUUGCUGCUAUUGCAAAGGGUGGUGAAGGUGAAAGUAUGAAUGUACAAGACUACCUUGCUGUGUACCCUACCGGUGCUGAAACUCCAAUUAUUUACAAUGGUGAUGUUGAAACUCUAAUAAAUAAUGAAGAUAAUUUCAUGAAUUGGGUUACUUUUGGUACUUUACCAUUAGUUGGUGAACUUAGCGAAGAUAAUUUGCACUUAUAUGCCAACUUAAAUGUCCCAGUCGCAUCUUUCUUUUACUCCGACAAUGUUGACAAAGAAAUCAUUAUGGAAAAAUUAGAAUCUCUAGCUAAGGAAUACAAGUACCGUAUGGUAUUCCUCACUACUGAUGCUGAAAGAUAUGAUUCAUCUUUAAAAAAUCUGAACAUGAAACAACAGUUACCAGCCUUCUGUAUUAUCACUCCACAUGAUAACAAAGCAUAUGGUUUCCCUCAAGUUGAUGAUGAAGACUACAAGAAAAUGAGUGGUCGUUACGCUAUAGAUCCUAAGGAAUUAGAAAAUUUCAUCAGUUCUUUCGUAGCUGGUGAAAUUCCAGCAAAUGAACCAUCUGAAAUUGUUCAUGAUGAAUUGUAG